AAGGUGGAGAAUGCCAUAUCCCUAAACAUGGCAGAGCUGCCAUCGAGUAUAGAGAAGAAGGGGUUGUUUAAAUUAGUUUUAACUUUUCAUUGUGUGGUGUCUUCUUUAAGAGUUGGAGUUAGCGCAGUGCAAUCUGCUGAUUCCACAUAUGGCUUCACUGAACUUCCUCUACAAAGUCAGAAUUUGGAUGUCCAGAGACCUUACGAUGUACCAGUGGAGCAACGCUUUAGCUUUUGUGGUGGUGUCUAUAGAUUGUGGGUCUUCGCCGACGAUAAGCCACACACCCCAACUAGCCCCACGAAGCCCCGAACCGAGAUCCGUAUAAGUGGAUACGAUUAUUCCUCGGGUGUAUGGCAAUUUGAAGGCCACGCUUUCGUUCCCAAUCGGACAACAGGCGUUGCCAUCAUGCAAAUCCUACUCGCAGCGCACGGCGCAACGACGUUAGCGAUCACAGUCUCCAAUGGUCAGCUCAUGUAUUACCAAUCCCAAGUCUUGGAUUCAGAUAUUUAUGAUAGAUGGUUCAAGCUCAACGUUAUUCACGAUAUGGAUGCACACAAGGUUAUUGUUUUCAUAGAUGGAGUUCAAAAGUUGGAGGUGAUGGAUCGAGGAGGCCAUUCUCAUUACUUCAAGUGCGGAGUUUACGCUCAACGUAACGGAAGCUAUUACAUGGAAUCGCUGUGGAAGCAUAUCAAGAUUUUUAAACUCUUAAUGCAAUGA